AUGUCCUCACCACCACCCUACCACCAAACCCCGGUCAACCUCGACGUGGAGCGCAGCUUCGGCGCGACGAGCGAUGCUGGCAGUGUGACGGGAAGUUUUACCGGAAGUCUCGGCGGAGCGAGUGCCGAUGGGGUCUUUUCUGGCGCCGCGGCGCGUGGAAAGAAACGUGGGCGGAAGAGUAAAGCCGAGAAGGCGCGGGAAUUGGAGCGCGAGGAUGCGCUUAGUUCGAGAGCGGGUGAUACGCGGUUAGGCUCGAUUGAUGGUGAUGGAGCAUCGGUUAGAGGGGGUGGUGGUGGUGGCGGUGGUGCGGGAGGUGCUGGUGGACAGAAUGCGGAUGAUGGGGAUGAAGAUGAUGAUUAUGAUGAAGGGGAACUUUUGGGGAGGGAUGAGGGGACGACGGAUACGGAGGCUGAGAAGAAGAAUCUUGCGAUUCUUGUCGAUGCUUUUAAUUCUGCGCAGUCUGAGCGAUAUGAUAUUUUCAAGCGAGCGAAGCUUAGGAAGGAGUCGCUCCGUCGUAUCGUCAAUCAUGCGCUCUCUCAGUCUGUCCCGGCUAGCGUCGUGACUACAGUGAAUGGUUUUACGAAGGUCUUUGCUGGUGAAAUUGUCGAGAAAGCACGAACAGUUCAGGAUGAAUGGGCCGAUGCCCACGAUCUCGCCGCUCGUGAAGCUUUCGAGGCCCAGGAAGCCGCAGCUGAUAAAGCAGCGCAGGCCCGGGCUGAACGAGCUGAAGCCGCUGCUGCACGGUCACAGUCCAAGCCAGCAACACCUACACCCUCAGGCACACCAGUCCCCGCUACCGGAUCUCACAGUAAUGGCAUCAAGAAAGAGCCGUCCGAGACAAACCUCGCCUCAUCAUCUCCAGCUCCCGGAACCGGAACUCAUGUCUCCCCUUCUCCUUCAAGAAAGCCUGUCCAGUCCGCAGUUUCAAGUCCCGUUCCCCCUCGACAACGUCGUGAAUUCCGCCUACCACCCAAUCCACACCGUGGCCAGCUCUUGCCCUCGCACUUGCGUGAAGCGGUGCGGCGCAUUAAGCGUGAUGGCGAGGGCGGUGGUGUUGGGUACUCCGGGCUGAGUAUGGAAAAUCUCGGAGUGAGUGGUGCUUUUACUUGGAAUUCUGGCAGUGUUGGUGGCCGCCGAUUAUUCCGCUAA